GGUAAACUUGAACGUAAACCCAGAAAAAGUCUUCCCGAUUGUCGAGUGUGUGAACACGUUUCUUUGCGGGCUGAUGACAGGAAUAGCUGUGGAGCAGCCAUCAAGAAUGACUAUGAAGGACGCUGUGCACGACUGACGAUGAGUUUGUCUGCAUUCCCUCAGAUCUCCGGCGUCGUGUUAUACUACAUAGACCGUACUCGUGGUCUGCCGUGGCUAAUUGUCGCUGGGCUGCUUUUAUUUAACAUGCCUUACACUCUGUUAGUUCUGAAGCCCUAUUUCAUCGACCCUAUCAUCCACGAAAAUGUCUGUUCGAAAAAGGAUCCUACCUACGUAGUGGAUCGUGUUGUGAAGUGGAGCAGGGCUCAUUUAGUUCGUGUCUUGAUCAAUAAGAUUGCAUUCGCAGUGUGCAUUUAUACAAUUGUUUACUAGCUUAGCUUGUACGUAACAAUCUGAUUACCACUUUGACGUGCUCCGUGUAAAUAAAGUGCUUGAUGUGGUUUUUCCUGAGGAGAGAAAAACUCAAAACUGCUCACAAGUUCAUCCUGAGCUUCUCUAGAUCGUGUAACAUGAGGAUUGAUUUAGAAACUCUUGAAAUUUUUUUUGUUUUUUUUUUAAGUGUUACGAAAACAUAAAAUACAAUUUAAUCAACUUUGCAUAGAUUCCUCUUUAUAUAUGCACAAUAUUCAGUUCCGGCUAGAGAUCGCUGAUGUGAUGAUGAUUUAAUUAGAAUUAAAUUACAACCCUAUUCAGAGAACUGUGGACUUACAGCUCUUGAAAGACUACUACUGCAGUUUGUUGUUGAUUUCACGAAAAACCUGGGAGUGUUAAAUGAAAGUUCAAGCUUACCAAAAUACCGUAAAUAAAAAAAUGUAAAAAAAAAAUAAAUAAAAAUGAGGGGAUCUGGGCACUACAAACCCUUCGAGAUUCGCUGGGCAGCCCCACUAAACUUUACACACGUGGUACAAUCACCCUCUUUCGCCGGCCAUCUUGAAAUUACGACAUAAUGGUGGGUAAGAAGACAAAAAAGUCAAAUUAUUUUAAUCUGUUACCCAGCCAAAACUUCCUAUCGUAUCAUUUAGACUCAAUAUAAACUAAUCUGCAAACUCACCAAAUUUGACGCUAAAAUAUAACAUAUUUGGCAUGGAAUUUUGCGUUUAGUUUCGUUACGGUGCUGUUCGAACUUGCGUUUAGACUUAAUUUUGGGGGGAUCACACGGAAAAUGCUCCUUUAAACCUUUCACGAUGUCGAAUAGAAAGCUUAAUUCUGAAUUCGAACGUUAAACUGUGUCCUUCUAUGUAUAAAAUUGCCAAGGUAGUUUGCUCUCGACGGAGCAAACGAAGAAAAAUGUACUGGUCAUCAGAUAAGCUGGGAGAAAAUAAGGCUGCCUUUGAAAUACAUCCAUGGUUUGUGUUGUAUUUAUUGAAACACAUACAAAGAAAAUAGCAAAUGGCAAGAAGAGUGUUGUUAGUCUAAAGAUGAGAGACAAAUUUUCGUUUUUCAUCCGUAAUGGUGAAUCAUGUGCAGUCUGUUAAAACUAUUUGGAAUUUAUGAUGUAUGUCUUGUCAUCGAAAUGUUUCCUCGAGGCCCCUGAAGUCUAACCAACGGUCAAAUAGUGUCUCUCCUUUAAAAUUGUUGAAGUAGGAAACACUCAUGAGUGCAAUAGCUUAUAUGAUCUCAAAUUUUUCCUAUGUGUAGAGCUUGUGUCUGAAGAGAUGGGAUAUGUUCCCAUGAAAAUAGCUUAACUACAAAAAAUCUAUACUGACCCGAACAAUCAAGCUGUAUAGUUUUGUCCCUUAUAACAGGCCUUUAGCUUAUUUUUAGUUACUGUGGUCAAAUUAAGUCUCGUAUGAUCUUAAACAGAGUGGGAUCAUAAAACUCUGGUCAAACUAUAAAGUCUCGUGUAAUCUUAAACAUAGUGGGACCAUAACACUAGAGUAACUCAAUUUAAGUCUAUCAUCUUUUUUUCUCUCUAGAAUGGUACACAACCAGUUUAAGAAGCUGGAUUUUGUGUAUUUGGUGUGACACAAGUGUAAAAAUAACUUGGGAUUCUUUGCAUUGUGUGUCAUUUUUGAGGACUGUACAUUUCAAAAAAUUCUGCCUGUGACUAUGUUCCCAAACACCUAAGACAGUUUCUAAAGCUCUUUUAAGCCAUCCAUCAGCCACUGUAAGAAUUGUGCUAUCCAAUUUACAUUAAAUGGAUAGCCAUGAUGUAAGAAUGAAAAAUACAUGCUUGUUGUCUUUUCUUCUAGGCGGCUAGACCAUUAAUAACAGUAUACGAUGAGGCAGGAGAAAAUGUUGGACAGACCACCCUGCCUGCUGUUUUCAAAGCUCCCAUUCGUCCUGAUGUUGUGGGCUUUGUCCACACCAACAUGGCCAAGAACAAACGGCAACCUUAUGCUGUGAACAAGCUUGCAGGUCAUCAGACAUCUGCUGAGUCCUGGGGUACUGGUCGUGCUGUUGCCAGGAUUCCUCGUGUGAGAGGUGGUGGUACACACCGCUCAGGCCAGGGUGCUUUUGGCAAUGUAUCCUUGAACUUGAGAUUAUUUUAAUACAAACCAAUUUUUUUCAUCAUAUGUAUUGUUUAAAUUUCCUGAAAUCAAAGUCCAGAUGGUGAUGGGCCUAAAUCAUUCGUUUGUACCAAAGGAGUUUGAAAUAAUUUUGUCAUACCUAUGAUGCUCUUUUUAAACUUGUGCUCCUGACUAUUUAUGCUAGGUUUGCAUCAUGCAUUUCCAUGUCUAAGUGUGUUAUGAUUUCAAAGGUCAUAGUUACUUGCUAUCUUUUGUCAUGUAGGUGGCAUUUGACAAUUUGGUUAAUCUGGCAAUAUGCCAGGCAUGUGGCUUACCUUAACUUGAAAUUCCCUUUAACCCUGUGUUAGAUUUCUGUUUGUUCUUAAUUAAUGCUAAUUAGAUUGCAUGCUUUUCUGUAACAUCAAAUAUGUUAUAAUUGGAUUGGAAUGCAAAUGUUAAGAUAAUCCCAUUCAUGGUUGAACUCUUGUCUUUCAUAGAUUUUGGUGUCUAAAUCAGGAGUUCUAAGUCGCUUAACACAAACCACAUUCUCAGCCAACCAAAUAAUUGACCUUGUGUUGUUAUCCUAGGAAGAUCUUGAAGUUCAUCCUAACAUUUGACUGGCCCAAAUCUAUCCUCGCUGUAUGUGCAUGUUGCAGUUAUGACCAUAUAUAAUUGUAUGCUGUCUGAAGGGGGUUUCUUAUGAAUGGGAAUACUAUAUGCACCCUAUUUAGGAGUUACGGUAUGUUUGCUGCAAUAGUUUUGUACUUCCUUUACUUGCAACUUAGAUGUGUAGAGGUGGACGUAUGUUUGCUCCUACAAAAACCUGGCGACGCUGGCAUCGAAAGAUCAAUCAGAAACAGCGCCGAUAUGCUAUGUGCUCAGCCCUGGCUGCUUCUGCCCUCCCUGCUCUUGUGAUGGCUCGUGGUCACCAUGUUGAUGAGAUCCCUGAGGUUCCAUUGGUUGUUUCAGAUGGAAUUGAAUCCCUUCAGAAGACUAGUGCUGCAGUAAAGCUCCUUAAGUCAAUAAAUGCUUAUGGAGAUGUAGAAAAAUGCAAGGAGUCGAAGAAGAUCCGUGCAGGCAAAGUAAGUUUGGACUGAAGAAUUUGAAAACAGUUGAGCAUUUCUAUGUUCUGAUGGAGGGUUCAACCUAAGUGAUUCUUGAUAGAAAGAGGAUGAACCCCUUGGUUGUAGACCAGCCAGAAGGCAUUGCAAAGGUAAAAUAUGGUAUUGCGAUGAUGCAACCAGUUGCAAAACUUGAUAUUCAGUACCCUUUACAUGUUAACAACAUUGCCCUUCCUCAUAGUGAAUGGAAAACUAGGUUCUAAUUUUAAAAACCAAGUUAAUCUUGAUUAUUUUUCAAUUGAAGAUUUCCUCUCUUAUAUAUUUGUACCUUGGUAAUAUUCAUUUUAAAUUUGCUAUCAGGGCAAGAUGCGCAACCGUAGGACUGUGAUGCGUAAAGGGCCCCUCAUCAUCUACAACGAAGAUCAUGGAGUGAAAAAGGCUUUUCGCAAUUUACCAGGGGUUGAUAUCUUGUCAGUGGAUCGUCUGAAUCUUCUGAAGCUUUGCCCUGGUGGUCACCUAGGCAGGUAGGAGGACACAAGAUGAAUAUCAAGAACAUGAGUUUAUGUUACUCCACAUUACCAUGGCUUGUACACUCUUAAAGUCAACACACAGUUAACUGCUGCUUUUGAUAUCAGUCUCAAUAGUUUAGGAUAUCAUGAGCGGUUGAUUCAGAUCUUCAAUGUAUUUUGUUUGUUCUGUCUCAUAGGUUUUGCAUCUGGAGCAAGGGAGCAAUCGAGAAGCUUGAUGCCUUGUAUGGAACAGGAAAGAAACCAUCCACAGAAAAGAAGGAUUUCAAGUAAGAAAAUUUUGAUUUCAUUUUUGUUAAGUUGAAGUAAGGGGAUUGCUGCAAAUGUAGCCUACUGCACAUAAGAUUUAAAGUGUUAAAGCUUACUAAUUUUGCUUGAGCCUUCUUGCAGUUGCAACUUUAGACUUGACCACAGCAAUGUGGGAGAAUAAGUUAUCAGUUGUACUGAGAGGCUUGACAAAUGAAUGAAGGCAUGGUGGACUCUUCCCUCUAGGUCUAAUCACUUUAGAGUAUUGAAUGAGUGUGUUGAAUUGGUCUGCAAUCACAAGCAUUUCCCAGAAGAGUUAAUCAAAAUUGGUACUUAAUAUAUCUUACCUAAAAAAUUUAAAAUUAGCUGAAAAGCUAGAAUACCAAUUGAAGUGCCUGUCAUUGUUCCUUCUACUAGAGUGUUUAGGUGUCUUUGAGACUUGGCCACAAUGAUUGACUGGAAUUGGUUCAGGGCUUUUGAGGUUCUUAGCUUGAAUCACCCAUUAUAGAACUCAAGUGUUUUUAUGUGUUUUUGAGAGGUUGUCAUGAUAAUUAUACCAAUUGCAUGUAAUGAAUUGACACAGCUUUCUCGUUUUACCCUUUAAAGUCUUCCCAAAACAAUCAUGAGCAAUGCUGACCUCAAUCGCCUCAUCAACAGUGAGGAGAUACAGUCUGUUAUCAGACCUGCUGGGUAAGUAAUAAUUAGAUUGUAGAUGUGUGCAAGGUGAUGUGGUAGCAAUUGAGUGUAAUUGUUUCCACUGUACUGCAAGAAGCAAAUCCAGUUAGUUGAUGACUGUAGAAAAUUCAAAUUUGUGGUGUUGAAACUUUUUCAACAGCCUGUAUGGUAUAACAUUUUGGCAGACCAUCCCUAUUCUGAUGUGAUGGGAUUUGUAUGGUUUCAAUUUGAUAGUUCUUAUUGAAAAUUUUAACGGGAAAUUCCCAAUCUAAAUGGAAGGCACAUCAUCUACAUACUCGAUUCUCAAGUGUUGUAACUAUUUACAGGGCAGCUAUGGUUUCUAGGCUCACUUACAAAAAAAAAAGUACAAUCCCAUUUGGGACACAGGCUACAUGAAUGAAUGACAGUACAUCUUUUUCAUCUCUGUUUGCUUUGGUGAUAAGCAUUGGAAAAACUUGAUUAGUAGCAAUUAGAGUUCACAUCUCAUAAUAUCAUUGGAAAUUUUUUCCUAAGAGACCUCAUUCACAGUGGUGGCUUUGUGUAUCCCAGAUUUGAUUGACACAUACACAUGUACCUUCUCCCUACGGUGUAAAUGUGUUUUUUUUUAAUGUCUUUUUUUGUGUAUCUGGAAUAAAUUUAGAAAGAUUUUCUCAGAGUUUCAUUAACUCUCUCCAUACAAUGUCACCUCUGAAUCACACAUUAAAGUCAGGAAAAAUAAAGGAAGUGUUAAAGCUCUUGAUAUCUAAACAAGUUCUCUUUGUCAGCACCUUAAGAACAGUAUGGAGAGUUUGUAUACAGAUGUUAGGGUGUGAAACGUUAACGGUUAAUAGAAAAUUAUAUCAGCCUGUUGGGAGAGGUACCAAUCAGAUCUGUUGGGGUGAAAGGGCAAGAUAAACUGAGGUGUCGUUCUUGAGGUCAUGGGUCCAAAUCCCUUACAGGCCUGAAGUUUUCUUUCAGGCCUCAUUUUUACCACUGAUUAAUUGGUGUUCAUUCCUCUGAAGAUCGCUCUCAUUCAUUUCUUAAUCUGCAUUUCACAUAUAUCAUUUUAAUAUAUUCACAAUCAUUUAUUCAUCAAUUCACGGAUUUAUUACGAACCAACUUGAUGACCAGCUCCCAGUUGGCUUGUUAACUCAGUUGGUAGAGCACUGCACUGGUAUUGCUAAGGUCGUGGGUUUAAAUCCCGUACGGGCCUGAACUUUUUCAGAAGAUCGUCUUCAUUUAUUUCAGAUCUUAUUGCUGAUUAAAAUUGAAUUUUUGAUUUUUUAGACCUAAGAGGACCCGCCGAGCAAUCCGUAAGAAGAAUCCACUCAAGAAUUUGGGCGUGCUGAUGAAGCUGAACCCUCACGCUAAGAGUGUCAAACGUGCUGAGAUGCUGACUGUAGAGCGGAGAAGGGCUGCUAAAGAGGCAGUACUGAGCAAGAAGAGAGAAGGAAAAUAA